AAUCAAUAACGACCUGCUGAUGUGGGCACCAGCUGCGCCCUCCCCCAGCAACGCAGCACAGGGCACGGGCACCGCGGGGCUCCACCCUCUCCUGCCGGGCUGCACGCCCCUCUUCGCACAGGACAACUUCCGCCUCUGCAAGUCGGCCUUCAGACUGGACUCUGACUCUGAAGAUGAAGAUUCCCACUUCUAUUCGUAUGAGGAGAAUGGGAGGUGGGGCAAGAUGGAGGCCAAGAGGACGAGAAGACUGAGCUUUCUGUCAGCUGUCAUGAACGUCGGAAAAGGCAGGGUCACCGUUCUGACUGACUCAAAGGGUGAAGUGGAGAAGCCGGUCACCGGGAUGCAUGGGGAGCUGGUCCUGGAUGUGGAGAGUGGCGCCAUCUUCACCGUAUCGCAGUACAAGGGGCAGCCUGACCUCAGUUACCUCUGCAUCGAGUCCAGCAAAGUUGCCCUUUACCACAAAGGUACGGUACCCUGCUGCCCAACCCUGACAGGGGAGACCCGACUGUUUAAAAACUAUUGUGGAGUCGUACAGCACGGAGACGGAUCCUUCGGCCCAACCAGUCCGUGCCGAUCGUAAUCCCCAAACUAAACUAGUCCCACCUGCCUGCUCCUGGCCC